UGUAGGCCGGGUCAGCCGCCUGGCCGUUGUUGGGCCGCGCGUCCCCCGGAGCCUUUGAGACGCCGUCUGGAGCAUCCCCACGGCUGGGCGAGAUUCAAGUCUAGUUGUUUCAGAAUUGAAUUCAUGCUGGGACCUGUAACCAUGAAUGAAGAAAACACUGAUGGAAUAAACGGAUGCAGUAAAGUUCGAACUGGUACUCAGAAUGAAGCAGCAUUACUUGCUUUGAUGGAAAAGACUGGUUAUAACAUGGUUCAGGAAAAUGGACAAAGGAAAUUUGGUGGUCCUCCUCCAGGUUGGGAAGGUCCCCCCCCACCUAGAGGCUGUGAAGUUUUUGUAGGAAAAAUACCUCGUGAUAUGUAUGAAGAUGAGUUAGUUCCUGUAUUUGAAAGAGCUGGGAAAAUAUAUGAAUUUCGACUUAUGAUGGAAUUUAGUGGUGAAAAUCGAGGUUAUGCUUUUGUGAUGUAUACUACAAAAGAAGAAGCCCAGUUAGCCAUUAGAAUUCUUAAUAAUUAUGAGAUUCGACCAGGGAAGUUUAUCGGUGUGUGUGUAAGCUUGGAUAAUUGCAGAUUAUUUAUUGGAGCUAUUCCCAAGGAAAAGAAGAAAGAAGAAAUUUUAGAUGAAAUGAAGAAAGUUACAGAAGGAGUUGUAGAUGUCAUUGUUUAUCCAAGUGCAACCGAUAAGACCAAAAAUCGUGGUUUUGCAUUUGUGGAGUAUGAAUCUCAUAGAGCUGCUGCUAUGGCAAGGAGGAAACUAAUUCCAGGAACAUUUCAACUAUGGGGCCACACCAUUCAGGUAGAUUGGGCUGACCCCGAGAAAGAGGUGGAUGAGGAAACCAUGCAGAGAGUUAAAGUUCUCUAUGUAAGAAAUUUAAUGAUCUCAACUACAGAGGAAACAAUUAAAGCAGAAUUCAAUAAAUUUAAGCCUGGUACAGUUGAACGAGUAAAGAAACUUAGAGAUUAUGCUUUUGUUCACUUUUUCAACCGAGAAGAUGCAGUGGCUGCCAUGUCUGUUAUGAAUGGAAAAUUCAUUGAUGGAGCAAGUAUUGAGGUAACACUAGCUAAACCAGUAAACAAAGAAAACACUUGGAGACAGCAUCUUAAUGGUCAGAUUAGUCCCAGUUCUGAAAAUCUGAUUGUGUUUGCCAAUAAAGAAGAGAGCCACCCAAAAACUCUAGGCAAGCUGCCAACUCUUUCUGCUCGUCUCAAUGGUCAGCAUAGCCCAAGUCCACCUGAAGUUGAAAGAUAUACUUAUCCUUUUUAUCCUGGAACCAAGCUUACUCCAAUUAGUAUGUAUUCUCUAAAAUCCAGUCAUUUUAAUUCUGCAGUAAUGCAUUUAGAUUAUUAUUGCAACAAAAAUAAUUGGGCACCACCAGAAUAUUAUUUAUAUUCAACAACAAGUCAAGAUGGGAAAGUACUCUUGGUAUAUAAGAUAGUUAUUCCUGCUAUUGCAAAUGGAUCCCAGAGUUACUUCAUGCCAGAUAAACUCUGUACUACCUUAGAAGAUGCAAAGGAACUGGCAGCCCAUUUUACACUACUUCAUUUGGAAUCAGAAAAAUCUCUGUGAAAGGCUUCAUUUAGUCUUCUUCAGCCUGUCAUGCCCUUAUCUCUGCUUCCUAUUUAGUAGACAAUAAUUGUUUAUGCUAUAGCAGUGUAAUUAAGUGAAUGGACUAGUGAAUAAGGAGAUAGAUGAUGUAGAAUGAUGGUUUCACUGUGAUGAAUUUAUUUUCUGCUUUUAACCACUUUAAAAUUCAGUGUUGCUUCCUGGCCUUUUAGGUAAAAUCAAAUAUAGUAUCUGCCCUUACUAGUUAAUAUCUGAUACUUGCUAAAUCUCAGAGAAGUUAAUCCUGUUUCCAAGACCUGGGAGUAUAUUACCUCAGAGAAUGGUUCACCUUCCUGUGAAGCUUCAAAAUGGAAGCACAAAAAUUAAAAAUCUUAGUAUCUCCAAAUAAUUAGGACCUUUAAAUCACCAGAAUAUUAAUAACCCCUUGGAUUUUCAUGCUCCUUAGAUAGUAUUUGGUCAGAGAUGUAUUAAUGGCAUGUGGGCCCUUAUUUGACUCAUACAUAGCAAGUAACAUUUGAGCUAUAAGAGUGGUCUGCAUAUGAAAUUCUACAUACACAAGAAUUCAUAUUUUAAGAAAAUAAUUUGGGUAACUAAAUACAUUUAGUUUGCUUCUGCAUUGCUUUUAUUCAGUAAAUAUAGUCUUUAUACCACACUGAUCGUAGUAUCAGCUCUGCUAUCAUUGUGUUUAUAACUUCAGGUUAAAAAGUAUGUAGGAGGACUGCAGUCGUUAGAAAACAUCAGUCUCUUACAGUUGUAUUGCCUGAUAAUUUGGUGUGUGUACUUUGUUAUUAUUCUUGUAUGUUUAAACAGUAUACCUUGAUUCCUGUACACAAAUAAAUUCAAGAGACUGGCACUUAAAUAAAAAUGUAAACCAUGAUAUAAAACUGCAGCUUCUUUUUAUAGAGUAGAUAAAUCUGUGUUGACCUAUGCUUUACUUUUUCUUUUGUGCAUUUUGAUUGUCCUUCCAUUUUUAUUAAAGUUACUUGUCUUCUUUGUAUUUUUCUUUAAUACUGUUCUGUAUGUGGAUUUUUGUAAGACUGAAGCCCAUAUAUAGUUAAUUUUUUUCUUGUUAACUUUGUUCCAACGAUACAUAGUUCCAGUCUGCUUGUUUACUGGAUGGCCAGAUUAUGCAGUAAAUGAAUAUUCACAAAAUUUGCAGCAUAUGUGCCAUAUAUGUGGAUGGCUUUUUUUUUCCCUGUUUCUGCCCAGCUAGUUUUUGGUUCAAGGGUGACCAAAUCUGUAGUUAGGAAUUUACAAAAGUAUUUGAUAAUUUGAGGCACAGAAUUCAUAAGGUUCCAGGUGAGCCAUUAUCUUUGGAUAACAGAUUAAGAUUGUAUUCUGCACUAUAAAUAAUUUGAGCAGAGAAAUGCUUGUUAAUUUAAAGGUGUUUCACCUGUGUGCAUAUGUGUACAUGUGUUUCCUGGAGAGAUUAAGAAUCACUUAAGGGAUUCCUUGGUAUGAACUUAGUUGUGUGUAUCAAGUAUAAAAUAGUGAUUAUACCAGAACAUUGAAAAAUUACUUGUUUUCACUUAAGAAUUAAAGGGAGAGAGGUGAUACUAAGCAAAAUUAUGAUUGCUUUCACUGUGCAGAGCACUCACUUAGUUUCUGAGAGGGAUUUACAAAUGAGAUAGUCAUGAUUUUCUUAAUAUUUUCCCUAUUUUGAUAGACCUAAGAUUUUUAAGUUAUUGUAUUGAAAUACAUGUCUGACUCUUCUGUUUCUCACUAAUAUACUAGUGUUCUAAAAAAAACCUUUUAUUGAUUUUUUUAAAUCUUUACAUUUUAUUUUCUUAUUUAUAUGUUUGUUAUUGUGAUUUAUGCUCCAAGCAGGGAGUUGCUACAUUAGCUAAUAUGGCUUGGGAGAAGGAUGGACAGGGUUUUCAUCAAUCCUCUGAGGCCUUGGAAAGCAGCUUGGUAAUGUCAGAUGCUCUCAUUUGAAUUGAUAUAUUGGAGAAUUAUGUCAUUGCCUUUAGAUUUUGUCAGAAUUUUUCUGUAAUGAUUCCUAAUAUUAGUUUUUUUAUUCAAAAAUACUAUAUAAUGAGUUUUCUAUGACAAAAACUUCUAUAAUCAACUCCCAAAUAUUUAGAUAUGAGGCAUGAAUAAAUUGAAACUAAAUAAUCUGAAUUAGCUUAUUUAAUUAUUUAUGCUAGAAUGCUCUUUAAACAUAUGGUACAUUGAUUCCAGAAAUUUACACAAAUUCAAAGGCCCUAUUACAAAACCCAGCUUAGGAGAAGAUGAAAAGAUAUUCAAUUUCUCCACCCAAUUUCUUAUCCUGGAGAGAUGACAUUGUCUCAUAUUGAUGCAGUGCACUUACCUAGGUAGUAUAUUAGUCUGUCCUCUGUCUUUUCUCCAUCAUUUUUACUGGUAAGAAUAGAUUAUUAACUUUCAUUCCUGUCUCAUUCCACAAAAGGUCUGGGGUGGCUCCUUAAGAAUAUAUAAAAUGUAAAAGGAUUCAGAUUUUAAAUUGAAGAAAUAGAGACAGUGGGAAAUUAUGGUUAGAAAAACAAAGCAAGCAAAACCAAACAAUAGACUGUUUAGGGAUAGACAAUUAUGAGGUAAAACCAUAAAAAAAGGCCAGGGAAUUAUUAACACUUGCAAGUUACGAUCUGCAUGAUUACUUGAAGGGAGAGAUUGGAAAGGAUGCAAAAGGACUUCUGAGAUAUUGACAAUUGCCUAUUUCUAAACCUGAGUGGUGAGUACAUGUUUUUAUUUUUAUAAGGAUGUAAGGCAUACACAUCUGUAUUGUAUAUAUUUUCUCUGUUGUAUAUUUCAUUAUUAAAUAAAAUGGAAAAGAAAGCAAGCAAGCCAAGAGUGAGAACUUGUAUUAUUUUGUCAAAACUGGAAUAGAUUCGUUCUACUCUAGAGAGUCUCAAUAUAACUCAAGGUAAAAUAUGAAAGUUACAUAUUAUCAAGACUAAAUAAUUUUAUUCUACUCAGACUAUAUCUGGAAUGUGUUGUUUGCUUAUGGGCACCACAAUUUAAUUCAACCUUGACAACUAGGGAGAGCUUGGAAACUCCAUAAUAUGUAAUAGGACAGUGAACAGCUGAAAUACUUGAAACUGUUUAGUCUGUAAAUACUAAUACUUACAGGGGAAAUGAGAUUGCUGUUUUCAAAUGUUUGAAGUACUUGCACUGGAAAAAAGACUUUAGUCUUUAUCUUUGGAGCUCUAGGAAGUGGAAUUAAGUCUAAAAAAGCAAAGUUUUAAGCAGGUAGAUAAUGGCUUAAUAUAAGUCGGAACUAUAAGCCUUUCAGCUAGUUAAUAUUCUGUAUUCCUCUCAGUACAAAACAACACAAUUUUUUUAACAUUUAUUUUGAAUUUGUUUAUUAAAUAAAUAUAUGGGGGAAGGAGAGAGUCUUUACUAGACUAUUGUAACUCAGAAUUAUCUUCCCUAUUACAACUUGGAAUAUAAUAACCUUGCCAUUUUCAAGCCCUCUGAAAAACUUACCUUUUGCAAACUGUGAUUUAAGAAAGUUUGAUUUGGGAAUUUUUACCCUUAUAAGAAUAUCCUGUUUCCUUAUUUCUUUGGACUUUCCAUUCUCACAUUUAGUUUAUUAACUGGUAGAUGGCUGAUUGUCACAUCUUCUUAAAAUGUGUUCCUUCAGCAAAUAUUUACCUAAUACUGUUUUGUGUAGAGUUACGAGGAUUACUGUAGUGAAUUAGACACAGUUGCUGCUUUCAUAGACCUUAGAUUCUAUUGAGAUCAAUAUUCAGUUAGAGUUCUUAUAAAUACUAAGAAGUAGUACAGGGGAUUAGGAGGACAUACGAUUGGAUGACCUGACCUAAUCUAGGAUGAGGGUCAGGAAAUGGUACAAUGCACUUUAGAAAGAAUUUCAGGAAAAGGAAAUUAUUGGUGUACCGUAUCGGCAACAUGGGACAAAAGAGUGUGGCAUUUGGAGCCAGAUUUCCUGGGUUCACAUUCCAGCUUCAUUAUUUACUUGGAAAAGUUACUUAAUUUCUCUGUCCUUCAUUUGUAAAAUAGGAAUGAUAAUAUUUAUAUCAUAGGGUAAUUACAUGUAUUAAAUGAGUUAAAAUUGUAAAGGGCCCAGAACAUUGUCUUUUAUGUAUUAAAUACCAUGUAAAUAGUGAAGAAUAAUUAUUUAGAAAACAAAUCCAAGAUACCAGUUUCUAAUCAUAUUGUAAUAUAAAUAUUAGAAAUAAUAAAAGUUAAGAUUCUUUGAGCACUUACUAUGUGUUAGAUUUUGUGUUCAAUGCCUUUACAUAAUAUAUUAUUCUCACAGUUCUUUGUGGUAGAUAGGAUUUUUUUUUUUUUUUUUGAAACAAAGUGUCACUCUCACCCAGGCUAGAGUGCAACAGUGGCAGGAUCUUGGCUCACUGCAGCCUCUGUCUCCCAGGUUCAAGCAGUUCUCCUGCCUCAGUCUCCUGAAUAGCUGGGAUUACAGGCACGUGCCACAAUGCAUAGCUGAUUUUUGUAUUUUUAGUAGAGACGGGGUUUCAGUGUAUUGGCCAGGCUGGUCGUGAACACCUGACCUGUCAUCUGCCUGCCCUGGCCUCCCAAAGUGCUAGGAUUACAGGUGUGAGCCACUGUGCCUGGCCUGUGGUAGAUAGGAUUUUAAUGUUGGCACUUCUUUACCUUUUCUUUUUGUUUUUAAAGACUUCAUUCAGUAUGUUAAAUAAUUUGCUCAAGAUCCUGGUUAGCUAAUAGGCUGUACUCUUAACUGCUAUUCUUUGUAAAUACACACGAUUUCAAUGAAAAACUGGCUUUUGUCUAGUAUUUGUUAACAGACAGUGGUCUUGUGGAAUAUUAUUGGCAAAUUAUGUUUUUAUAAGUUAAAACACAAUGAGAUGGGCUUUCAAUCCUGCCUUACCUUUUUUCCUAGAUACUGUUUUGGCUUUAGGAGACCUACGGGAAGCCCAUGUACCAGACCCCUUUCCAUUGUAGUAUGGACAUGAGACAUCCGGUUGAAUUCUAAAUGAAUCAUUCUGUGUUAGAAAAAUUUUGUAAACAUAUCUUGUUUACAAGGUAGCUUCAUGAUUUUUAAAUUUACCAUAGGAUAAGCAUUGCCAACCAAGACAUGUGUUCAAGAUGGCAGAUGAUAUAUGUCUUUUCCCCAUCCAGAUUCUUGACAGAAUGUUGAACAGGCAAAGUUUGUUUAUAUCUAUUUCCUGGUCCCCUGUUAGUUGGUACUCAUUUUUACUCUGAUUAUAUUCAAAACAUCUGAAUACAUAGUUUAGCCAUAUAAUUUGCUAGUCCAAAUAUAUUUAUGCUUUUUCAUUGUUACUUCCUUGCUCAGGAACCUAUCAUGGCUUGCUGUUUUAGUAUAAUCAGAUACUCUGAACUUCACAUUCUCUUGUUCAGAAUGCCUUACUCUUUGGCCCCAUUUAAUCUAACCAUAGCUGUACACUUCUGCUGUGAUAUCUUAAUUUGCCAUGCUUAUUAGGUCUAGGUCCUUCCUAUUGCUGUGUACUGUGCUUAGAAUAUUCUGCUUAUACUCAUCUACUUCUAUAUUAAGCUUUUAUUGGACAUAGUAACCCAAAAUGACUUUUUCUUUAUAAUAUUAUUGAAUUUUCAUAUUUUUAUUUACUCUUACAAAAUUUUUUAUCCAUCCAUGCAUAUAAACCCAAGAGACUUUGUAUAUGUAUGGUUUGUUGUUAUUUCCUGCAUUAUAUGGGGGAGUAAUAUCUCCUUUAGUACUCAGCAUAUGGUGCUUUUCAAAUAAUUUAAAGCAAUCUACAUAUUUUCCUUGUAUCUACAAGAGCUUUGUGCCAAAAGAAGAAAAGAUUGGGGAAGAAAUACACGAGAUAGGAAGUUGACAGGUAUAAAGACAGGCACAGUUAAAUUAUGAAUGGUGGUUAAUGUGCUGAGAUACCUGUAUAUAUGUCACCAAAGUAAAAGUUACCAGUAUAUAAUUUUUAACAUGCUCAUGUUGGGGGUUUCAAAAUAAUAGAAACCCUUGAAAUACAGACUGGGGCUUAUGGAUGAUUUUAUAUUGGAUGUGUUUAUGUUAUUUAUAUGUAAUAUAUGUAUACAAAUUUGUAUAGUGGAAUAGGAGAUUAAAGUUGUAAUUGUUUUUAAACCCUCUGAGAAAACCUGUGUCUUUAUAUCAACCAAAUACAGUAUAGAAUAUAAUGAUGUAUGUUAUGUGCAAUUAUGAAAUUUCUUUUUUUUAAUUUUUAUUUUUUACUUUCCUCCACCUUGUAAAAAAUACUUUAUAUUAGAUACUGUCUCAUCUUCCUGACAUAUUAGGGGUUCCUUUGAGGCUAAUCAUUUUUUUUUUUAAAGAGUUUCACUGUGGUGCCCAGGCUAGUGUUUACUGAUGUGAUCAUAGCUCAUUGUAACCUUGAACUUCUGGGCUCAACACAUCCUUCUGCCUCAGCAUCCCCUUGUAGCUGAGAUUACAAGCCUGGCUAAUUUUUUUUUUCCUGUGUGUCUUGACACCCUGGUUUUUUUUUUUUUUUUUUUUUUUUAAUGGAUUGGAGGUUUCAGUGGGAUGAGAGAAUCACAAGGAAUCAGGUGUUCAGAGGAAUGUAUUGAGUAGAGGUGAGGAACUAGGAUGUUGAAACGUAAAAAAAAGGAGAGAAGGAGAGGAAGAAAGAGGAAGAAAAAGAGGGAUAGAGAACAGGAAUAUUGCUUCAUUCUAAAAAUGGGUAUUAAUAAUGGCCGAUCAAUAUUUUGUGUAUUUAAAAUGGAGAACUCUAUAAAAUGAGUUUACUUGUUCCAGAUCUGAGUUGAAGUCCUGGAUAUCCUUAUUAAUUUUCUGUCUCAUUGAGUCUAAAUCUCGUUAUGGGUCUUAUGUAUCUGGGUAUUAAGAUCUCUUAUUGUUGCAUUGAUCCUUUUACCACUGUUCUUUGUUGCUUUGAAAUCUAUUUUAUCAAAUGUGAGAAUUGCAACUCCUGCUUUUUGUUUAUUUAUUUAUUUUUUCUCUCCAUUUGGUUGGUAAAUUUUUCUCCAACCCUUUGAGUCUUUGUGUAUCUUUGUGUAUACCGUUAGGUUUUGGCUGUAUCUUUUGAUUGGGGGAUUUAGUCGAUUUAAAUUUAGGGUUACUGCCAUUUGAUGUUAACUGGCUAUUUUAUCCAUUCGUUGAUGUAAAUUCUUCUUUAUGUUGAUGCUCUUUACUUUUUGGUAUAUUUUUAGAAAGGCUCAUACUGGUUGUUCCUUCUUAUGUAUAAUGCUUCUUUCAGAAGUUCUUGUAAAGCAGGCCUGGUGGUAAUAAAAUCUCUGAGUACUUGCUUGUUCAUAAAAGAUUUUAUUUUUCCUUCAAUUGUGAAGCUUAGUUUGGCAGGAUAUGAGAUUCUAGGCUGAAAGUUCUGUUCUUUAAGUAUGUUGAAUAUUGGCCCCCACUCUCUUCUGGCUUGUAGGGUUUCUGCUGAGAGAUCUGCUGUAAGUCUAAUGGGCUUCCCUUUAUGGGUAACCUGGCCUUUCUCUCUGGCUGCCCUUAGUAUUUUCUCCUUCGUUUCGAUCCUGGUGAAUCUAACAGUUAUGUGCCUUGGGAUUGCUCUUCUUGAGGAAUAUCUUUGUGGUGUUCUCUGUAUUACCUGGGGUUGAAUAGUGUCCUGCUUUGCUAGAUUGGGAAAAUUUUCCUGGAUAAUAUCCUGAAAAGUAUUUUUCAGCUUGGAUUCAUUCUUUCCAUCACAUUCAGGUACACCAAUCAAACGUAGAUUGGGUCUUUUCACAUAGUCCCAUAUUUCUUGGAGACUUUGCUCAUUCCUUUUCAUCCUUUUUUCUCUAUUCUUGUCUUGUCGAAAUUUCUUUUAAAUUCAUUACAUAAUCCACAGUUAUAUCUAGCAUAAUCUGUAACAUUUGAUCAAGGCUUCACAAAUAGGAAACAUCAAUCACUUAUUGUAUGUUAUUUCUAAUCUUAGUUUAUUACUAGCAUUAUGCUUUGUUAUUCUUCUAUGCAGGUGUAAACUGAGAAGAUGGUGGUGUUCCUUUCAGUUUAGUUAAGUAAAGGCAGGAAAAAAACCUUGAUAAUUCGGGAUGCUAAUAUAGCAGGCUUAUUUGGAAUACACUGGAAUCCUGUGCACUGUUAUUUUCUGUAUUCAAAAGAAGAAACAGUAUGACAUAUCUAAGAGCCUGAAAAAUAAUUUUUAUCUUUCAUACCAUUUACUUUAAAAUUUACAUGGAAUUUUCUCUCAAACUAAAUACUAGUAAAAUCUUCUUCAAAGAUACAGAAUAUGCUUUUGUAAUUAGUUUUCAGGGAUGUUUAAAACUUCAUCACAUCUUUAUAGAACAAAUCAUCCAUCUACAAUGUUAUGUGUUCUUGAAAGUAAUGAAAAUUAGGAACUUAGUGAGAUUUUUUACUUACUUUAUCCUUAUUUUGGCCCUUAUUCCUACAUAACUUCUAGAAAACUAAAUAUAAAAUAUUUAAUGAUUCCCAUUUUACAGAGCGUUGGUAAAGAUCCUAUCUCUGGUCUUUGAAGCUUAAUUUAUCCUGUUCUUAUUCUCUGCUUUUGACAUGCCUUUUCUUUCUCCUAGUCUCUUUCUUAUUGUCUUGCUUACUAAAUAAUCCCUUUUGAAAUAAUUUAUCAGAAUAUAUUUAUUAGCAGUUGUUGCUUUUUAAAAAGGAGUGAUACAGAUAAGAUGGCAAAUUAAAUUGGGUGAAAGCACCAGUAAGUAGUAACCUUGUAUUUGACACUAAAUUGAGACUCUGCCAAUAGUUUUUGCUUUUGUUGUGAGAAUUAUCACCAUCUCUUCUAUAUGCUAACAGAAAUUUAAUUGUUAUAUAUUGGUAAUUUAAAUCCCAGCAUUUUUCCUGUUAAAUUUGAUUUCAUUCAAACCAAAGAUUAACAAGGUUAAUUCUAAAACUCCAGGUGGUAGAUAGUGAAGGCGUUAUGAAAAGAAUUGUUUCAUAUUUAGUAGUAUUUCUAUUAGGCAUCUGUACUAAAAAUCAUCAUUAUAGUUUUUAAAUUAGUCUGAAUCAUUUUCAUAUGCUCUAUUUUGGUAAUAGGUAUUUAUAAAGUGAUUAUAUAUUUUAUCAUAAUUAUACCUUAUCAACUUCUUCUUUAUGUAUAUCACUGACAGGUUUUUAAUCCCUCCCCGCCCCAAACACAGGUUUUUUAAACUCCUUAAGCUAUAACAUUGCAUACAAACAGAAAAGUGCAUAAAUAAUGAGUAUGAAUUCAGUCAAUUGCCAUGAGGGACUAUGUCUGUAAUACCACUGAGGUAAAGACAUAAAAUAACAAUACUCCAAAAGACUGUGUCAUAUUUUCUCCAGACAUUACUUUCCUUCCUGCCAAAGGAAGCACUCGUCUGACUGACUUUAUGUAUUUUUGAAACUUACAUAACAUUUUAUGUCAUCUUGUCUGGCUUUUACAUUAUGUUUGUGGGAUUGAUUUAUACUGUUUCCUGUUCUUGUAGCAGUACUGUUCAUUUACUCUCAUUGAUGAUGCAAGUGUUUCAUGGUAAUGUUAAUAACUUGCUGUCUUUGCUGGUGAAAAUACAAAAAAGUAUCAGUUUGAGGCUGUUUAAAUAAUGAUGCUCUCUUGGACAUUAGUGUUUUUGGUGCUCAUUUGCACACAUUCCUGUUGAAUAUAGGAGUGAAAGUGGUCAGUCAUAUUUUUUAAACUUUAGUAAAUAGGGUCAAAUAGUUUUCCAAAGUGAAUAUACUGAUUUACACUUUUCUAGCAGUAAAUGAAAGUUCCAGUUGUUCCACAUUUCUGCCAACACUUAGGUAUCAGUCUUUUAAAUUUUGUAUAUUCUGAUUGGUAUAUAUUUCUUAUUGUAAUUGUAAUUUUUAUAUGAUGGUAACUUAUGAUAUUGAUCAUACUAGGAUUAUAGGGCAUUACAGCGUAAUGUAUUGGUGAAGUAUCUUUCUUGUUCCAAGUCUUGCUUCUUCUAUUGCUUUCUGGUUUUUUUUUAAUUUUAUUACUUGAUAUACAAGUCCUUUACUGACUAUAUUUUUUAAAUACCUGUUCUAUGACUUACCUGUUUAUUCAGUUAUUUUUGAAAAAUAGAACUUCUUAAUUUUAAUACUCAAUCAAUUUUAAUGUUAGUGCCAUUUGCAUCCUGAUUAGAAAACCUUUAUUCACCUCAGGGUCAUGAAAUAUUUUCUAUAUUGUCUUUUAGAAAAUUUUUAUCAUCUAAAUUUAGUGACAAUACAAAGUAUCAGAGUUCCCCCCCAUAUUAAUAUUCACAUAACACCAUUUUUUGAAUUCUGUUUUCCCAUGAUUCUCUAGUGCUACCUUAACAUAAAUCAUAAAUCAUACAUAAAUCAUUCAUAAACAUAUAUGUGCUCCCUUCCAGUAUGCACAUAUAUGUAUGACUUAUUCUGGAUAUUAACAUUCUAUUUCAUUGAUCUGUUUGUUUUUGUACCAAUACCGUACUGUUUUAAUUCUGAAACUUUAUGAUGUUUGGUAUAGAAUAUUUUCUUACUUAUUUUUUCUUCUUUACAAUUAUCUUGACUUUUCUCAGCCCUUGAGCUUCUAUAUGAAUUUUAGAAUCUGCUUGUAACUUUAUACCUCAAACUAGAAUCCAACGAGAUUUUGAUCAGAAUUGAAUUGAAUCUGUAGAUCAAUUUGGGAACUAAGAGCAGUUUUAUAGUAUUGGAUCUUCUAAACCAUGAACAUGAUACAUCUUUUCAUUUACCUAGGCUUUUAAAAAAUAUACUCAUUCAGUAAUUUAUCUACGUCUUUCUUCAGGUAUAUACCCAGUGUUUAUCAUGACUCAAUUUGGUCAUGAUAAAUUGUACUUUUUAUAUAUUACUAAAAUAUAUUGGUAUUUUCUUUAGGAUUUUUACAUCUGUGUUCAUUAAUGAGAUUGACCCAUAGUUUUCCUCAUAAAAAUAGUUGGGAAAUGUUUUCAAUUUCACUGUUCUUUGGAAGAAUUUGUAUAAGAUUGGUGUUUUAUCUUUUUGAAUAUGUGGAGUAUUAUUUAAGAAGCCAUCUUAGUUUAGAGUUCUUAGCCCCUUUAAGGCUACAAAUAUCUCUCCUAAGUAUGGUUAGAGCUGCAUCCCAUACAUUUUGUUUUAGUUUUAUUUUAUUUUUUGAGAUAGUCUCACUCUGUCACCCAGACUGGAGUGCAGUGGCAUAAUCUCGGCUUACUGCAACCUCUGCCUUCUGGGUUAAAGCAAUUCUGUCUCUCCCUCAUGAGUAGCUGGGAUUACAGAUGCAUACCACCACACUUGGCUAAUGUUUGUAUUUUUAGCAGAGACAGGGUUUCAUCAUGUUGGCCAGGCUGAUCUUGAACUUCUGACCUCGAGUGAUACAUUCACCUUGGCCUCCCAAAGUGCUGGGAUUACAGGUGUGAGCCACAGAGCCUUUUUGAUAUAAUUUAUUUUUAUUAUUUGUUUAAAAAUAUUUUGUUUUAUGUUUUGAUUUCUUCUUGAAACUUUGGUAUUAAUUUCUAAAUACACAUUUAAUGUCCUCACCAGUAUGCUUGGGAUUAAGUGUCUCAUCUUGCCAUUUGCAUUCUAUUUCUCUGCUUGUUCUAUAUGACUUUUCUUAUUUCUUUUUUACAUAGUGUUUAUUUUGAAUUUAUUUUUUUAGCUGUAUUAGCUAUACAGUCUUUAAUCUCUUAAUCAUUACUCUAUAGAUGCCAUUAUGCAUUCCUAACCUACUGAAGUGUCUAAUAUUAUUUUAUCACAUCCUAGACAAUGCAGGGAACUUAGUACACUUUGAUUUCUUUUACAAUUUAUGUAGUGUCAUUGGUACUUAUAUGUAUUUUAAACCUUAUACAUUUAAAACCCUACAUUCCUAAUAUAAUAAAAGUACCUAGUUAUAAUUGUUCUUUGACUUAAUAUACAUUGAUAUUGAUUUAUACUUUAUUAUUUCCUUUGCCCUCUAUUUCUUCCAUCUCUGACUUUCCACUUGAAUUGUUUAUUCUACCUAAAUAAUAUUCAUUAAUAUUUUCUUUUGUGUGGAUAUGCUUUUGACAGAUUGUCUCAAUUUUUGUUUAUCUGAAUGUAUUUUUAGUUCACCUGCCAUUUGAAAGGGUAUUUUUAUUAGACCAGCAAUUAUUUUACUUCAGCCCUUUGCUGUUAUGAUUCCAUUGUCCUUUAGCUUCUAUUGUUUGUCUUGGGAAAUAUGUUGUUGAUCAACUUCUUACUCCUUUGAACAUCAAUUGUGCAAUCAUUCCCAGUACUCAGCUACUGUUAGUAUACAUUUUUUAUCUGUGAUUUUCAGAAGUUUUACUAUUAUGGACCUGACUUCUGUGUAGUUGUCUUAGUUUUCAUCUUGCUUGGUACUUUUACCACUUCUGAAGUUAAUGUUUUUCAUUUGUAUUAGGAAGUUCCAAGUUACUCUGUUUUCAAAUAUUGCUUUUGUUCAUUUUCUUUCUUCUUUCUUUAUGGUAACCAGCUACACAUGUUAAACCUUUUUACUG